CGAUCGUUGCCGCGCGCGCGUUAACCUCUUCCCCAGUUUCUGCACGCAGACUGUUUACCUUGCAGAACCCUUUGUUAUAUCAGAAUUUUAACACCAUUGCACAUCACCUCUGAAUCAUGCAGAGUCUGCAAGUCCGGCAAGUGCACAAUCAUUCAGCGCGACGCUGCGCAAAACCUCAACUCAGCCGAGGCCAUGUAGUCACACGAGCGUUCUGGAAGUCGCUGCUGCCAGGAUCUUUCGGCAAACCCGCCUCCCCUGUCGACCCCACCGGGCCCGGCGAGAGGCUCCUCUACAAGCCGUCGGAGCUAGUGCAGCUAGGAGAGCUGCAGGUCAGCCCCAUGGGCCUGGGAACAUGGAGCUGGGGCAACCGCUUCCUGUGGGGCUACGACGAAACCAUGGACGCGGAGCUGCAGGAGGUGUUUAACUUGGUGGUCAGGAACGGGAUUAAUGUUUUUGACACCGCUGACAGCUACGGCACGGGCCGGCUCAACGGCAAGAGCGAGCUCCUGCUGGGGCAGUUCGUCCGCGAGUACCCUGGCUCGGACCGCGUGCGCAACAACCUCCACAUCGCGACCAAGUUCGCAGCCUACCCCUGGCGUGUGCUGCCCGGCAAUGUGGUGGCCGCCUGCAAGGGCUCUCUGCGACGCCUUGGGCUGGAGCAGCUGAGCGUGGGGCAGCUGCACUGGUCCACCGCCAACUACCAGCCUCUGCAGGAGCUCGCGCUGCAGGCGGGUCUGGCGGAUUGCUACGAGCAGGGGCUGGUGCGCGCAGUGGGCGUCAGCAACUACGGUCCCAAGCAGCUUGAGAAGAUCUACGCAUAUCUGGACAAGCGUGGCGUGCCGCUUUCGUCAGCACAGAUUCAGUUCUCGCUGCUGAGCUGGGGCACGGCGCAGCAGGACCUCAAGUCGUUGUGUGACGACCUGGGCAUCACCGUCAUCGCCUACAGCCCCCUGGCACUGGGAAUACUCACGGGCAAGUACAGCGUGGAGGAGGGCCGGCUGCCAGAGGGCCCCCGGGGGACGCUGUUUAAGCAGCUGCUGCCCGAGGUCGCUCCCCUGGUGGAGCUGGUGGGCGAGGUGGCGCGGGAGCGCGGCAAGACGCCGUCACAGGUCGCCAUCAACUGGUGCAUCGCCAAGGGCACGGUGCCCAUCCCCGGAGCCAAGGACCUCGUGCAGGCGAAAGAAAACCUGGGUGCGCUGGGCUGGCGGCUGAGCGAGGGCGAGGUGGCGGAGCUGGACGCCACAGCCGCCUCGCUGAAGAAGAGCAUGGUGCAGAACAUCUUUCAGACGCAGUAGCAUAGCGGUUGGGCCGUUGGGGUGGGCGUGCUGGUGGAUGCUUGGUGCUGGUGAUGAGCAGGGUUGAGCGAUUUUCACAUGCGAAGGGAACCACAUAUCUUGUCUUGAUAGAUGUGGAAGGCACCGUUUGUGCUGCAGGGAGUGGGACGGUCUCAGCGGGGAAGGGUGCGUGGGCGGGCAGGGGUGGGUCAGGGAUGGGGCCGCCAAUUUGUGGGAUCGGCACAGUUGGCUUGCUGCACGUGACCGGUGUAUUAAAUGAAGUCAAACUCUUAUUGUUUUACAUUCACAUAAGGGCGCCAGACGAAA